CCCUCUGCUCGUCAGGAAGCAAGCUGAUUGGCCGAGGCCUAGCAAAGAGUGCCCGGGGAUCCAAAACUGCAGGCCGCACUUAGCUUACCGUCAAAAAUAAACCAAAACAAUAACUGACAAAACUGAGAACGGGGAGAAACACCGGUACACUCAGAGGACGGCGUUAUCAGAGUGGUUAAUUACCUUGAUGAAAGAAAACACCUCAAGUAUCCUGUUGGUUUUAUGGUAAAAGAUUUUGUCAGCAAAUGUGAAGUCCUCCUUUACAAAACAGAGACAUGGAUCAAGGAGGAGGGGUGUUGGAGCUUCACACUCAAGAGUUGAAGAUGCCCCACGCUAUGAUCAUGCAAGACUUCGUUGCAGGCAUGGGGGGGCUGGCUCACAUUGACGGGGAGCACAUUGUGGUGUCAGUUCCUGAAGGUAUGCUUCUCUCUGAUGUGAUGACGGACGAGGGCAUCCUGCUCGAGCACGGACUGGAGGUGGAAGGCUUGGAGACUCAAGUGGUUCAAGGUCUUGAGACAGAAGUGGUGGAAGGAUUGGAGACUGAAGUUGUGGAGAGCUUACACGCAGACGUGGAGGGGCUGGACACGGAUGUUGACGGACUUCAGACGCAAGUGGUCGAACUGGAGGCCCAGGUCGUCGAGGGCCUUGAGGGCGAAGUCGAAGUGGAGGGUCUCGAGGCACAAGUAGUGGAGGGCCUGGAAACGGAGGUGGAUGUGGAGGGCCUCGAGGCUCAUGUUGUCGAAGGCCUGGAGGAGGAGGUGGAGGUGGAGGGCUUAGAAGCCGAGGUUGUUGAAGGUCUGGAGGUAGAUGUGGAAAGUCUGCAGUCUCAAGGGGUGGAGGCACAUGAAAUCAGCAGCGAGGACAUGGUGGCUUCAGAGCACAGUGUCAUCAUGCCCGAAAAUAUCCUGGGAACAGAGGUCGCAAUAGAGGAAGCCCUGGACGCCCAUCACCACCACGUCCUAACGUCUGACCUAAUUCGGGACUCAAAUCACCACCACGACGACAUGCCAGACCAGGUGUUCGUGGCCCAGCUGCUGUCGGAGCAUCAGGACAACACACUGGACCACCAACUUGUGUCAGAAGGGCUGAUGGUGGCAGAAGCCAACUCUGAGACCAUAAUCCAUGAACAGCUGCCAAAUGAGGCUGUUCCCCUGCAGACAGACGAGGAUGAUGAUGCAAGAAGCAGCUCUGAGGAUUACCUGAUGAUCUCCUUGGAUGAGGUUGGAGAGAAGCUGGACAUAGGAGACACUCCGCUUGAGAUCAGCACGGAGGUGAUGGAGGACAAGGACUCGAAGGAAGAGGAUGGCACAGAGGUCAUCAAAGUCUACAUCUUUAAAGCCGAAGCAGACGACGAUCUGGGUGGAACUGAGGUGAUAACGGAGGAUGAUUACCACAACGGCCACCCUGACCUGGAGGCGGCGUCAUCAGGCAGACUGGGAGUCGGCCGUGACAAGAUGGUCUACAUGGCGGUCAAGCACCAGCCGAAAGAAGAGGAGGAUGAUGAAGAUGACAGCGAUGAUGAUGACGACGACGACGUUGGUAAUACUAUUGACCAGGUGAAGAAUGGAGCCGCCGCAACUUUUCUGCAAAUCCGUGACGGGCUUGGCGCAAACCGUGUAGUCAAACCCAAAACCAAGAAAAGGAAGAAAGGGGAUACACGGCAGUGUCAAACUGCUGUUAUCAUUGGACCAGAUGGAAUGCCGCUGACGGUUUACCCUUGCCACAUCUGUGGAAAGAAGUUUCGGUCUCGGGGAUUCCUCAAAUGCCACAUGAAAAACCACCCGGAUCAUCUGCUCAAGAAGAAGUACCAGUGUACAGACUGCGACUUCACCACCAACAAGAAAGUCAGUUUCCACAACCACUUGGAGAGCCACAAGCUGCUGAGUCACAACAGCGAGCGCUCUCCAGAAUACACUGAAUACACGCGGCGCUACCACGAGUCCAGCCCCCUGGGCUCCGACAAGCUCAUUGUCAAGGACCGGGAGCCCAAACUCCACCACUGCAAGUACUGCGACUACGAGACGGCCGAGCAGGGGCUGCUCAACCGCCACCUGCUCGCCGUGCACAGCAAGAACUUUGCGCACGUGUGCGUGGAGUGCGCCAAAGGCUUCCGUCACCCGUCGGAGCUGAAGAAACACAUGCGGACCCACACGGGAGAGAAACCCUAUCACUGCCCGCACUGCGAGUUCCGCUGUGCGGAUCAGUCCAACCUAAAGACUCACAUCAAGAGCAAGCACGGCGCCGACCUGCCUUUCAAGUGCAGCCACUGUCCCCAGGCGUACGCCGACGCGCGGGAGCUCCAGCGGCACAUAGAGAUGGUCCAAGGCCACAAGACCCACCAGUGCCCGCACUGCGAGCACAAGAGCACCAACUCCAGUGACCUGAAGCGGCACAUUAUCUCGGUUCACACCAAGGACUUCCCCCAUCAGUGCGACGUCUGCGAGAAAGGCUUUCACAGGCCUUCGGAGCUGAAGAAGCACGCCGAGACACACAAGGGCAACAAGGUGCACCAGUGCCGGCACUGUAACUUCAACGCCCCCGACACGUUCACCUUAAGUCGCCAUAUCUUGUCCUUGCACACGAAGGAUCUCCCCUUCAAGUGCAAGCGCUGCCGGCGAGGUUUCCGGCAGCCGGCCGAGCUGAAGAAGCACAUGAAGACACACAGCGGUAGAAAGGUUUAUCAGUGCCAGUACUGCGAGUACAACAGUACGGACGCUUCCGGCUUCAAGCGGCACGUCAUCUCGAUUCACACCAAGGACUACCCCCACCGCUGCGACUACUGCACCAAGGGCUUUAGGAGGCCUUCAGAGAAGAGCCAGCACAUAGCCAGGCAUCACAAAGACAUGUUGAUGUAACGCCGCCGUGCACACGAACACACUCCUCUCUCCCGAGUAAUUCUGUGUCACACACCCAGACGUAAUUUUAGUGUAUUUAAUAACCCACGGAUGCCGGCAGUUGAUUACAACAAUAUAUAUGCUGUUCUGUGUUGUAUUGGGUCUCAACCUCCUUCCCCCAGGGAUAAUCCAAGAACACCUUUUAGAUUUUGGGGUGAAGUCUAAAGAAAACGAAAAGAUAAAAAAAAAAAAAAGAAAGAAAAAAAGACUGUACUGUGGAACAGCUGUAAAUUGUCUUUUGUUUUUGUUGCAGAAAAUCACAUAUGAACAUAUAUUCAGGGUUUCAAAUGUCUAUAUUUUUAUACCCACUCAGCUGAAAUGCUGCAAGAUGACGACUGUCACGUAAAACAGAAAGCGGUGCUUUGUAAACGUCGUGCUCGUUCCUUCAGAUGACACGGACUGAGUACAGGAGAAAUUCGCCUCCAUAGUAUCAGCUUGUAUCCUUUCCUCAUUAACCAGCUUCUACUCUUGACAAUUGUUUUCGCCAUCAUCCGGUCUGCAGUCGACCGGGCCAUUCAUGAGUUUCAAAUUGGUUCUCAGCGAUGUUGACACACCAACGCAUCUCGGAAAAGAUAUCUCAUUAAACCCAACCGUUGAUCUUGAAUAGUUUCGCCGUUCGCUCCCAAGUCUGAACACCCGAGUUCCGUUAUAAUGAAUCAUGUACAAAUAAUAUAGGCUGUAUUCUGUUAAAUAUGUCUUAAAAAUGGAAUCAGAAAUUCUCUGGUUUGCUCUACAGUGUCGAGCAUGGAGCAGAGGAGCGCAGUUGGUUUCUUAGAAUUUCCCUAGUGUACACGUUUCUGACACACAGACCUGCUAUAUCGAUGCAGAUAAUCGACCAGUGUAUUGAUAUUAUUAAUAUUAUCGUAUGAGCUUGACAGGAUGGUUGGCCUCACGUUAAUAACCCCUGAAUGAAGUGGUUUUUAUCCUACUGCCACUGCAAGUUGCGUAUGUGUGACAGUAUCUAUGGACUCUUUCAGCUCACCAUUAGGUCGCGAUCAUGCCUUACAUCUGUUGGUCCGCAUCCCUUAAAGCACUGAUGAACACAGCUGAACAGAAAACAAGUGAUUUUUAACUCUCAAACAUGCUGUAUCAAUGCCAUUCUCUCAGAGAUUGUGUUUGAGUCAGUAGAAAGCACUUUAAUCAUUUAUUUGUAUUUUAAAAGGCGCGUAUGGGGAGGGUGUUUUAGAUAUAUCCCAAGAAUCUAUCUACAAAUGCCAUUGUCGUGAACACGCAGAGCUUUGUGAGUGGGUACAGGUUGUUCUUGAGUGUUAUCUCUAGCAAAGUGGGCACCAUCCACGACCACACCGAAAAACAGAGUUGUCAUUGCAAGCGGUGGGUGAAACCAUUUAUUGUUUUGUUCUAUGGAUAAGUGAUUGGGUUUCGUGUUUUGUUUGUGCUCACUAAAAAGUUUCCCAGACACUAGUCCUCCGGUCCUGAAUAACCCCGCCCGAUCCCAGGCCAAGCGUGGGACUAUUUCCUCCGAGUCAGUGGUCAUCAUAUUUGGCAUUAGUCCUUGAAGUAUGCACAUAUGCUGUCUCCAUGAAAUUAAUUGUGGUAUAUAUUAAAAAAAAAUCCCUGCAUUUCGUGUACCUUAGUCUAUAUUUUAUUUCAGUCUGAUUGUGGAUAAACUACUGGUGGGGAAGAACCAAAAUAAACAGCUAUCUUUUUA